CAGUCCGCGCGUUUCGCCGGCACUCGGCAGAGUAUGUCCGUCCGUCAAUCGUCGCGGUCGUCGUUUUCGUCGCAGUGCCGCCCGUGCAAUCGUGCUUUUCGCCUAGAAAAACGUGGAAAAUCUAACCCCGAUAGUAGCGUGGUCUUGUACAAUAUACUGUCGGAAACGUUUUUACUCAUCACUGGAACAACAUGUGAGACUUGAUCCGAUGCAAAAACGACUACAUCCACUGCUUUAAACUGUGCGCCAUCGUUUCCUCGGCCACGAUGAUGUUGUCCAGGCCGACGACAGCGCGUUCAGCACCGUCCACCAGCCGUACCGCCGCCGCCGACGCACCGGAACCGUCAUUACGUUGUUUACCGAGACAAAGAUAUGCAAGUAGUUCCAUCGACUUAACAUCUUUCCAGGACUCCACCCAUGGGCAUGACUUCAAUCAAGGUCAUAGUCGAGUAGUCAUGACCAGAAAAACGGAACGGAGGAUAUUUGUCGCCCCUUCAAAAUUGGGACAGAAACCCAAGUUUGAAACUCUGACCAAAGAAACAGUGCAGACGUUUCGGGGUAACAAAACAGAAAGGAAAGUUACUUCUGAAACGAAAAACAUAGAAGAAACUAUUGAUAACAAAUUGGAUGGAUCAGAUGACUUCCUUUCAUCGUUGUCGCCGUCAACUUCAUCGCAAGAAUUAAAAACAUCGUACAAACAAAGAUGCACAGCUAUAAAAUCACAGAAAAAAAUAAUUAUUGACAACAAGACAUUUAUACAAGAAUGUUUGGAAGCACACAAUCAAUACAGGAAAAAACACAUGGUUCCUCCUAUGAUUCUGAGUAAAAAACUUUGUAAAUAUGCAGAAGAAUGGGCGAAUUAUCUAAGCGUCAAAGGUCUACUAGAGCACAGACCUUCGUCGUCUUAUGGUGAGAACCUGUUCUGCUCUUGGACGUCGCUGCCCAACCACAGGAUCGAAGGCAGGGAACCGGUGGACAGUUGGUACGAAGAAAUCAAAUUUCACCCUUUCGGCCGCGAACCCACUACCUUGAAAUCAGGUCAUUUUUCUCAGGUGGUUUGGGCGACCAGCAAAGAAAUGGGAGUCGGCGUAGCGUCCAACCGUUCCGGCCAAAUAUUCGUGGUCGCCUGUUACGAUCCCGCUGGAAAUUUUCUCGGCCAGUUUAGAGAAAACGUUCCACCUGUCGGUGGUUUUAAAGACGCGCCGCUCAGUCCUCAUCUUUUACAACUCCCGUACACGGACGAACAGUUGUAUAAAGACAGUUUAAAACUACAUAAUGACUACCGGCUGAAACAUGGUUCCGGGCCGCUGACUUUGGACAAAAUGUUGUGUCGCAACGCGCUGACCUGGGCAAAAACGUUGGCCAAAGAUGACAAAUUCAUCCAUCAACCAGAUAAUCCUUUUGGCGAGAAUUUGUUCAGCAUUUGGUCUUCGAAUCAGGUGACGGCCAGAGACGCGAUAUGCAACUGGUACAAAGCGGGAAAAGAUUAUGAUUAUUCGAGAGAACCGAGAAUUAUAAAAUCAGGACAAUUCACUCAGCUCGUGUGGAAGGGCUCACAUUCCAUGGGUAUAGCGAUGGUGAAAGGCAAGUCUGGAAGAAUUGUGAUCGUCGCAAAUUAUAAUCCGCCCGGUAACAUAAUGGGGCAGUUUAUGGAGAACGUUCUAAAGCCUAAUUAGACCAUUUAUGUUAUCUAUACACAUUAGUCAAAAACUUACAUUCCUUUUGUUUUAUUUAAAUAUCUAUUUUUAUUCUUUUUUUUUGUUUCUUACAAUCGUUAUUAUGUAUACUAAUUUUGAAAGUAUUAUUAUUGUCUUUCAUUUUAAAUAAAUAUAAUAUUUAUGUACAUGUAUAAUAUAUAAAUAUAUAUAUAUAUAUAUAUGCAUAUUAUACAUAAUAUGGCAAUCAAAUUAUAUUAUAAUUGUGUACUACGUAUUACUGUAUAAUGCGCAAAUUACGAUGUACUAGCUUAUAAUUUAUAGGCGAAUCAAAAUGUUCAAAUGAAUAAUAAUUUACAAUUAUUUUUGCCAAACUAUUUUAAUAUAUUUAUAUUAUUAGUAAAUAAACUUGAAGAUUUACAAUAAAAUAUUUUCAUCGUA